AUGGGCGAGCCGCGAUUGCUUCCUAGUCUCAGAGGCAUUGCGACGAAAGGGCCUCAAUGGGAUCCCCGGGUUUCUUUCACUGCUGCCGGGCUGGCGGUUUUUUUCUCCUCCUGCCCGCGGCUCGAGUCUCUGCAGCUGCACUGCCCGCCUAAUCUGACCCGCCUCCCUCCGUCAAUCUGCGAGUUACAUCACUUGACGGCGCUGGUGAUCACUGGGUAUGGACUGAGGCGCCUUCCUGACGGUUUCUGUCAGCUCUCCGCUCUCGUCCGUCUAUCUAUUCGCUCGGAAUCCCUGUCGAAACUUCCAGCCUGCUUUUCAACGGGAACGGACUCCCUCGAGCUCCGCGAGUCCUAUUAUAUUUCCGCCAUUCCCCUGCGCCUCCCCGCGCGCCUCCCCCGCCUCCGCGCGCUCACCCUCGGCUAUCUCCCAAGCCUGCGCGCUUCGCUGCCGGCGAUCCUCGCCGCUGAUCCCCCUCCCGCCGCAGAAGCCGCCGCUCCCCCGUCCGGGGAGACCGCAGCCGUAACAGAAGCCGAUGGAAACUCUGGGGGAAUUCUGGAACGGGGCACGGAGGAGGCUUAUAGCGGGGCUGAUCGUAAGGAGUACGCGGAGGGGUUAUGCCAGGGAUUAGAAUCGGACUGCUCCUCGCUCUCCUCCCUCCCAGACGAGCUCUCUCUCAUGCCCAACCUCCGCUCCCUCACUCUCUCCAGCCUCCCACGCCUCUCCUCACUCCCCUCCUCCCUCCACCUCCUCUCCCACUCUAUCCGCGACCUCAGCAUCAUUUCCCGCCCGCCGCCUCAAAUCACUCCCAACGCGGCUGCUACAGCCAGCCCUGCUGCUACAACUGACUCUGCUGCUUCAACCAACUCUGCCGCUACAUCCGACUCUGCUGCUACUACAGCCGACCCUGCUGCCGAACCUGACAUUCCUACUGUUUCCGGCACGGCCACUGUGACUGGUGCUGCGAGGAUAACAGGCGAAGAUGGUUCUACCGGCAUGGUCGUGAUAACCGGCACUGUUUUUAUACGCGGUAUUGCAUUGUUGGCUGGUACUGCCACCAUAAGCGGCACUGCUACUAUAUCAGGUCGUGCAACCAUUUCUAGUGCCGCUGGUGCAAUCGGCACUGCAGACGUACGGGGCACCGCUGAUGUAACCGGCACGGCUGAUUUAACCGCCGCUGCCGAUGUAACCGGUACUGCUAGUGAUGCAAUGACUACGAAUAUGACAGGCGAUACCAAUUCUGAGAGCAGUUCUGCUGGCGCCGACAGCCAGACACCGCCGGCCGCGCUAGAGGGGUUGAGUGCGGUGACGUCGCUGCGGGCACUUCACAUCAACCUGUGGCACAACCCCCACAUCACACACCUUCCGCCUUCCCUCUUCUCACUCUCCUCCCUGGCCACCCUCACUCUCUCACAUCUCGUUAACGUCUCCUCCAUCCCGGAAACCCUCUCUCUCCUCGCUCCCUCCCUCACUCACUUGCACAUCAGUCAUUGCCCCAUGCUCUCUUCGCUCCCCUCCUCGCUCUGCCUUCUUUCCUCUCUGGAAUGCCUUCAUAUCGAAGGUUGCAAGUCACUGGUAGCUGUUGUGAAAGAGAUUCCAGGAGAGGAAGGCACGGAGGAAGAGGAGGAGCAGGAGGAGGAAGUUGAGGAGGGGAAUGGUGGGGACGAGGAAGAGGAUGAAAGGGAUGAGAGGGCCAAGAGGAACGUGUGGGACAAGUGGGAUGAGGAGGGCGAUGAGGUGGAGGAGGGGAGCGAGGGGGAGGAGGGGGAUGAGGAGGAGGAGGAUGAGGAGGAGGAUGAGAAGGAGGAGGAUGAGGAGGAGGGGGAUGAGGAGGAGGAUGAGAGGUUGCCAGCAGCAAAGAAGCAGAGGAUUGAUUCAAGCUCUACCACCCUCUCUUCCCCUCCUGUCCUCCCUCACCUCGCUCGAUCUCUCUUCCUGCAAUCGCCUUCCUUCCCUCCCCUCUACGUUUGA